CAUGCAUGUUUAUUCAAUUUUACAAAAUCAACAGAAAGAUCUCUAGAUUAUAAAACUAAGACGCAAAACGCAACAACAGCCUGCUCUGACAAUGUGCAAACUGUAACAUGAACGUGCAGAUCCCUGCAAGAGAAACUCUAACCAUAACGGUUGAAUAAAACGAAGAGCCUUUGAAGAAAUCUGCAAUUUCCGUGGCAAAGCUCACCUCUUGCAGAGUGCUAGUAAAGUACAAUCAGGGCCAGAGUGUUAUACUUGAAGGAUGUUAACUCGCAUACGGGAAUCUUCUUUCUCCUGGACAGGGUGAAGCAAAAUGAUCCUUAUGUCCUAAUAUCAAGCAAAGUCACAAUGCGUUCGGUCAUUUACGCAACCACUUUACCAUUUUCCCCGCGUAGCAAGAGCACUUUUGCAUUUUUAAGUACGAUCAAGUAUAAUGCAAACACAAUUUACAAGUGGAAUCACUGGGUGGCUCUUCGGUGCAUUAAAAGUGAGAGGUUCAACUGCACUUUUCAAAUCGUUUCUAAUAUGAGCGAUAUGGCUAAACCUUUAUUUCGCUGUAUUUAAUGCGUAUUGAUAUACAUGUGAAUAGACAGACUGGUGGACAGAUAUAAGCAGUAGGUAUUAUUAUUAUUAUUAUUAUUAUUAUUAUUAUUAUUAUUAUUAUUAUUAUUAUUAUUAUUAUUAUUAUUAUUUGUAUACUAUUUAAUUUCAUUGGCAGGCAUGUACACAAUUAGAUAAUAAUAGUGGGCAACUUUAAUUCCACGUAUGUAUGACCUAUUUUGUACUAAAUACACAUUUUAUUGCAUAUAGCAUUUAAGGUGAUUACCAAGGCCUUUGCAUUUAUUGUUGAAUUGGAUGACUUUGUAAAAGGUUACACCACCUUUAGCCACAUCUUGUAAAAUUACAGAAGGGAUUACAGAAUCUGGCAUGUAAAUAAACUUAAAGGUGUUUACCUUGUCAUCGGCACGUAAGCUAAUUAUUGUGGAGAGGGCUCUAUUGUCUUGUUGCCCUGGUAGCCUAUGCCCCGCCUCUGGUGGCAGCCUUAAACCUGGCGCCUGGCUAAAACAAACGAAAGGCAGCCCUGAGUCUCCACUCAAUCCAAUUAAGGCGGACUUCAGCCACUCUCGUACGUGUUCACCCAACAAGAUCGACGCUGAGACAACACUACCAGAGCUUUGGCAAAACCCUUCUUUUUGCCUCGCCUUCUACAUUUUCUCUCUCCAGGCACAAAACAAUGUCGAUGAGCCCCAAGCAUACUACUCCUUUCUCAGUUUCUGAUAUCUUGAGUCCCCUAGAGGAGAGUUACAAGAAAGUGAGCAUGGAGGGCAACAACUUGGGGGCUCCCCUGGCAGUUUACCGGCAGUCUCACGUCUCUCAGGCAUCCAUGCAGCAGCAGCACCAUAUGGGGCAUAACGGGACGGUGCCCGCCGCGUACCACAUGGCAGCGGCAGGUGUACCUCAGCUUUCUCAUGCAUCCAUGGGGGGGUACUGUAACGGUAACCUGGGCAAUCUGGGCAACAUGAGCGAGCUUCCGCCUUACCAGGAAACAAUGAGAAACAGUACAUCAGCCACAGGAUGGUAUGGAGCCAAUCCUGACCCGCGCUUUUCUUCAAUUUCCCGCUUCAUGGGCCCAUCCUCUGGAAUGAACAUGAGCGGUAUGGGAAGCCUGGGCUCUUUGGCAGACGUUGGCAAGGGUAUGGGACCUCUACAGAGCACUCCAAGGAGAAAGCGCAGGGUGCUUUUCUCGCAAGCCCAAGUUUACGAGCUAGAAAGACGAUUCAAGCAACAGAAAUACCUCUCGGCACCGGAAAGAGAACAUUUGGCCAGCAUGAUCCACCUCACUCCAACUCAGGUCAAAAUUUGGUUCCAGAACCAUCGGUACAAGAUGAAACGCCAAGCCAAAGACAAGGUGACCCAACAGCAAAUGCAACAGGACACCAGCUCUUGCCAACAACAGCAGCAGUCUCCAAGAAGAGUGGCCGUACCAGUUUUAGUGAAGGAUGGCAAGCCAUGCCAAGGAGGCACACAUACGCCAACAACGGGCGCCCAGAACCACCACCACCAGCAAACAACUAGCGCUACCAAUAAUUCAGGAAUUGGGCAACAUCAGCAGACUGGCAGUGCAUGCCAUUCGCCAGAUUUAGGCCACUCGUCUAGCCCUCCCUCGCUUCAAAGCCAGGUCUCCAGUCUGUCUCACCUAAACUCUUCUGGUUCUGAUUAUGGUACCGCCAUGCAAUGCUCCGCCUUAUUAUAUGGUAGGACCUGGUGACAAUGUAAUAUAACUAAGACGUGUAUAUGGUAACUGACAGAGUCAUUUCUGCAUUUCCUAAAUAAAUGGUUUACUUUGGUUGGGUUUGCAGGCGACGACUCUUCGUGGACCAAAAGUGACGAAUGUUCAAUCUGUAAGUGGAGUUUGAAAGGAUUUAUUUUACAGCGAAUGUGAAUAAAAUCCCUGGUUCACGAAAUAAACUCUUAUACAAGACACGUGUGUCUGUAAAAGUUGACUUGUAAAUACACGAUUCCCAGGAAACUGGAAAAACAAGUCGAAACAGUGUUAAUACAAAGGAAGAUUUGUGGGCAUACAAAGACAUGUGUAGGGUAAAUUAACUUGGCUUAACUUUUUAAUAGAUUUUAAUGUAAAACGUAGCUGUAUAUUUCUGUAAAAGGUUUGCAUUGGAUACAUAGUUUUUAGCAAGCUGUAUAUUAUGUUGUAAAAAGUUUUUAUGGACAUUUGAAGGCUGCCUGUAUACCACAAUUAAGUUUUGUUGUUAUUUGACCCCGUAUUUUUCCUCCUCUUGUAACUUAUAUAGAGAUUUGGCUUGAAUAUAGUCAUAUGAAGCUUCUAAUAAAUUAUGAAAAUAAAAUUCA